GAAAUUGCAGGUGGAUUUGAAUACACCUAUAAUGGUCGAAAAAUUUACUCAUUCUUAGGCAUACCAUAUGCAAGUCCUCCAGUUCAAAACAAUCGAUUUAAAGAACCACAACCCGUACGACCUUGGUUAGGCGUAUGGAAUGCCACUAUUCCUGGAAGUGCUUGUUUAGGACUGGAUUAUGAAUCAAAUUUUAAAAUUGUCGGUCAGGAAGAUUGUUUAUAUCUCAACGUUUAUACGCCAAAACUUCCACAAGAUAAUACGCUUGGUGAUUUAAUGAACGUAGUAGUGCACAUACAUGGCGGCGCGUUCAUUGGUGGUGAAGGCAUAUUAUAUGGUCCACGGUAUCUUUUGGACACCAACGAUUUCGUUUAUGUAUCGAUAAAUUACCGUUUGGGUAUAUUAGGAUUUGCCUCCACCGGCGAUAGUGUUUUGCCUGGCAAUAAUGGUAUGAAAGACCAAGUAGCAGCAUUGAAAUGGAUACAGCAAAACAUCAUUGCGUUCGGCGGCAAUCCCAAUAAUGUCACUAUCACUGGCUUGUCGGCUGGUGCAAGUUCUGUUCAUUACCAUUUGAUUUCCCCAAUGUCUAAAGUAGGUACACAAUACGAUAUGUGCAAUAAGACAUUUUUUGAGAAAGCUGCAGUGUUAAAUUAUUACUCGCACAAACAAUGUUCAAAACCUGUAAUUUUAGAGGUUUAUACUUAUUUCAAAAUACAUUCACUGUUUACCUGACUUGACUCUCCUAUUUUUAAUACUAAAAUAAUUACUAAGUAGUUACGUUUAGUGUAGGUGAUAUAUUGUCCGAUAUUGGUGUAAUUUACAAUGUCUAGAUAAAGUUUAGAUUUUAUAAAUGUGAAUAAACAUAAUAAAUUUAUUAAACAAUAUUGCAAUGAAUGUUGAACUACAAUAUCCAUACAUUUUAAUUAAAACAUUCAUCUUAUUAUGUUUAUAUUUUGUCAUAUACAUUCUAAUCUCGACAUCUCGAAUCUCGCGGGGACAGUAAAUAAUUUAAGCUACGUGACUUGACUAUUUUUGAGAAUAAGGAGAGAACAGAGAACGUUUCUAACCAACAUGUUUAAAACAAUGUAAAAACGUUUAAUAUUUAUACCUUCUGUACUUCUAUAUAGAUUUAUGAUAGUCGUAACAUAAAUAAUUAUUUGAUUUAGUUGAAAAUUAAUAAUAUGUGGUCUACUUACCUCUUCGAGAAUCCUCUACAUCAGGCAUGUAAAAACUUACAAAUUAUAAACUUAAAGGAUGCCACUACAUUUUAUGAUUUGGUUAAUAUAAAUGGCUAUUGGAAAACUAAAUGUUUUUGACAUAAUACUGAAGUAGAUUGCCAUCGACGGAAUUUUAUAUCUCUGUCUUACAAGAAGUGCGUUAUGGAGCCAAUAAACAUCCAAAGUUCAUGUUAAAUUUGGUAAUUAAAAUAUUAGAGGUCAAGAGAGUGGUUAAGAUUCGAGAGAAGUGACCUAAUUAUGAUCAAACUCAAAGAUGACUAAAAUAUCUAUUUUUUUUUUUAAAUAUUUUAACAUUGAAGUAAGUUAUGAUUAUUUUUCAAAUAUAAUAAUGUUUUACACAUAGUUCAUUAUG